AUGGCGUUUGAGAUGACGCGGGCUCCCUGGAGCCCGGAGCAGCAGAUAGAGCGGCCACGACUCACCAAGAAAGUCCUGGACACAGAGGACCAGGCUGCCUUCCGGCUCCAGUCCAAGAUGCCCAGAUACAUCUACUUUGCAGCCAACAGCAAAAACAAGUGGGGCCACCAGCGUGGUUACAGAAUCCAGAUCACCAGUUUUUCAGGGGACCAUGUCCCUGAAGCCAGCUCCAUGGAGAGAGCCAUCAGCUGGGCAAGGUACCAGCUGGCUGUCACCAGGAGGAAGGAGGAGGAGCCCACCAGCACCAGCAUCUACAACCAGAACGACCCCUGGACACCCACUGUCGCCUUCGCUGACUUCAUCGACAAUGAGACCAUCACCAAUGAGGACUUGGUUGCCUGGAUAACCGCUGGUUUCCUUCACAUCCCACACUCUGAGGAUAUUCCCAACACUGUGACAGUGGGAAACUCAGUCGGCUUUCUCCUGAGACCAUACAACUACUAUGACCUGGACCCCUCCAUAUACUCGCACGACGGCGUGUUUUUCACCAGUGAGCAGGACUUCACGGCGUGUGAAAUCAACCCCAUUGCCUGCCUGCCCAAAACUGCCUCUUGUUUGCCAAACUUCCCCCCAUUCACUUAUGAUGGUUUCCAAAAUAUGAGCAGGAUUUAG